GUUUGUUCUCCACGUGGCGGAUUCUCUGGAGAAAUAAACAAGCGGCUCCACGUCCGGCAUGACUGUCAGAGUGCUCGCGCUCCCUCAGUAACGGUUAAAGGCUGGGCCUCGCGCUGGAGCCGGGCCUCGAGCGGGAACUGGGCCUCGCGCCGGAGCUGGAGUCGCACCCGGGUUGAGCCGCGGUUUUGCCAUGUGGCUGUUGGGGCCUCGGUUGCUUUGGCUGUGUUCGCUGAUGUGGGCCGCGGAUGCGGUGUUCAAUUCGAAGACGUACGGGAGGAUGCAAGAAAACCUACCCAACAAGGUCCCUGUGCAGCAAGUAAACAGCAAUAACAGCAGCAGCAACAACGGGAGCAGUCCUGGCAUGGCGGCCGGAGGUAAACCCAUCAAGGACGGCGAGUACAACAGCAAUGUGCCUGCUGAUGAACAGACAAUGAUGAUCCAGCGGGCUCUCUAUGUGCUCGUCGCUGUCACCGCCUUGGUGGUUGUGUACUUCGUGGUGAGGACCAUCAGGAUAAGAAAGAUUCACAGAAAGAACCGGAAGUAUGGUGUACUGAGUACAAAUCUUGAAAACAUGGAAAUGAAGCCUUUAGAUCAGGAAGAUGAUGAUGAGGAUGACACAUUAUUUGAUGUACAUCAAUCAAGAAGGUAAAUGCAGACAGUCUUAAGAGGGUGCCCUGCAAGAAAACCAAAGCUGUAGAGUAAUAUAAAGAAACUACCUACAUCUUGAUAUACCAGAAUGAGCUCCAAGUCUGUGUGUUGUGCGCGAUUGUAAGUUAGUGUAAUUUUGUAGCUCUAAUUUCUUGAAAAAUGCACUAUUUUAAUAAGGUAAAGCUUUUGAUUCUGAUAAUAAAUGUAAAUUAAAAUUGAGAAUGUAUUUUUUUAAUUCCUUGCUAAAACUGAGAAUUAUCUUUUUUUUAAGGUUGCAAAUUCUCGACAUUUCUUUUGUACUUGUGAAUGCUAAUCUGAGUUUAAACAGAAAUAAUCUGGGAGAUAGAGUUUUUGCUGGUUUAAAAAAUCAAAUCUGUUCCUGAGUCAAACUCCAGCCCCUUUUUAAAAUUGCAAUCAGACUCCUAUAAUAAUAGUCUAGUGAUGGGAAUCGUAAAAAAAAAGAACUGGUGGCUAAAAUUAGAUCUAGAGGUAAUAAGAUUUCCUUGGCAAUAUAAAUUGUUACUGUGGCUUGGAGCCCUAUGAGAAGGUAUUGGUACUGUAUAGUAAUUUGUUUAAAAUGAUUUUUUUCUGUCAUGUCAAUAUUGUAGAUAAUGUGUAUUAUAUAAGCAUUAAAUAUUAGCAUAUGUUUUGUACAGAAUAUACACUAUAUGAACAAACUAGGCAAAUGUUUACAAACUAACUACCUGAAGAGAAUUCCUUUUAUUUAUUUCCUACAUUUCUUUCCUUUUUUUUCAAAGCAGCAUAGAAAUUUGAAAGAAUUUUUGCUUAAUGUUGAUCAGUGCUUCACAAUUACAUUUCUAUAAUAGUUUAUAGCUUUUUGAUAAAUGAUGAUCGUUCAGUACUUUUUGAGUAGGCGCACCAUUUCAAAAUAUGUUUCAAAGUGACAUCUUGAGUUUUAUGCCCACUGUGCAACAAUCCCCACCACAGGCAGAGAAAGGAUGCAGGUCCUAGAACUUGCCCUAGGUGGAACAGGAAUCAAACUCCAUGUUGCCCAGAGUUAUGGAUAGUGACGGCAGAAGCUCUAAUUUAAUCCCAUCACAUGACUGACACAGAAAUGUUUUCCAUUCUUGCUGCCUGCCAUUGUUUGGAAGGAUUUUGAAAGUUGACGCUCAACCUGUUUGGCCACUUUAUGAAUACACCUUCCUUGGCCAUCAAAUCCCUGGACUGAGACUUGAACCAUGACCUGCAGGCUCAGAGGCAGGAAUGCUACCCACUGCUCCACAAACCAUCUCCUAUCGGAUAAAGCAGCUUUUUUAAAAAAUAAAAUAGAAUACUGACAAAUAUAAUGUUUUGACUCUUGUAAAUUAAAGCCACACUUAUUUGUAUCCACUACAUUUCCUUGGUGUCUUCAGUUCAGGUUCCUAAUGAGAAUUGUAUUUGAGGCUUUGAUUUUAUUCAAAAAAGCUUUUCUUCCACCUAUUCUUAAAUAAACAGUUUUCUAGCUUCAAGCCCAGUGACCAUGCUAGUACUUAUCAGAUCACAUCUGAAAUCCUUUGUUUGUACAACAAGAGCGUAGAAAGUGUAAGUCCAGAAAAUUUCGAUGAAUUCAGGGAUUUGGUGCAAUUUUCUAAAUUAUCCUCAUUCAUCUGGUACUGAGAUCUUCACGUUUAAUAAUUAAGAUAUGGCUGUAGAGCUUGUAAUAAUUUGCUACUCUCAGACCUACCUUUUGAACAGGUCAGUUAAAGUGCUUCCUAGUUUAGGUUACUCCUCUGCUUCACGUGGGCAGCAUGGUAAGUGGGUCCCUGGCACUGCUUCCUCAAAGUGCCAGGGACCCUGGUUUGAUUCUAGCCUUGGGUGACUGUGCAAACUCCACACAGACAUUGUCCCUGUGCCUGUGUGGGUUUCCUCCAGAUGCUCUGGUUUCUUCCCACAAUCCAAAGAUGUGCAGAUUAGGUAAACUGACCAUGCUAAAUUGCCAAUAGUGUUCAGGGUUAGUAGAGUAGGUGCAUUAGUCGGGGUAAAUAUAGGGUAAGGGGAAUGGGUCUGGGUGGAUUACUCUUUGGAGAGUCAGUGACUUGUGGGGCCGAAUGGCCUGUUUCCACACUGUAGAGAUUCUUCUUUUUUUAAAAAUACCUCCAUCCUCAGCUUCGUAUGAUAAGAAUCCAGUUAAAACCAUUAUUUUUCUAGAUCAUUGAAUAGUGACAGCAACAUAUUGUGGCAUUUAAAUUAUACCUCUGGAUGUCCCUAAACUUCCCAGAGUUCAGAGGUGUUGAUCCAGUUCAGCACAAGCUCUUGAACUUACAUUAAUAUUGUUUAAUAAAGUCUUCAUCACUUGUAAUGCAAUAGAUCCACCAAAUCUGGAGCAAACAGGUUUCCACUUAUAGCUGUUUGUCUUUAAUUAACAAUUCUUCAUCUGUUCUAUAUUUUAAGAAGAAAGUCAGAAGAAUUCCCAUUUUUUUUUAAAUGACAUUUUUGUUUGUCCAGCUAAUUAAUUACCUUUAUAAUCACACUUGUGUUCUGUAAGUGAACUCAUCCCUGAUUGAAGGGCCGCCUUUUACCUAUUUAUGCACUAAUUAUUCAACUUUGGAUUCUCUAAUUCUGUAUCUUCGUAUUUAUUUGGCUGCUAGGAUAUUUGCUGAUUGCUGUUCUGUUGCCAGAGCUUCAUUAAAUAGGUAUACACCUACCUUUUUCUCAUUUAAGUGAAAGAGUGCAAAUGGAAGCUUUAUAGGAUGUGAUAUUCACUCGAAGGAUAUAUUAAAAUGCUAUGCCAUUGACUUAGACUGAAAGCAUUUCUUAAGCCACUAAGAAUAGUUAAAUAUGUAGUGAAAAUCAAUUUUGUUUUAAUCGUAGAUUCAGGCAUUUUUAAAAAAAAAAUAAUUGAUGCUAAUCAUUCUUCGUUACAAAGUAUUUAUGACCGUGUUUCACCCACCAAAUCGUAAUAUCCAGAAUUAGGGACAUGAUGCCAAUUUGAAGCUAAUACAUUUUUAUAAAGCACCACUGUAAUUUCUUUGCUUUUGCACUCCAUUCCCCCAUUAAAGAAGCCCAGGAUCCCACAUGUCUUAUUCGCCACUUCCUCAAGCAGCACAACAAUUUUGAAAGUUUGUGUACGGAUAGAUUCAGGUCCUUCCUUCUGUCAUAUGCCACUGUUUGAAUUCAACAUUAGAUUUUAUUGAAACAGAAUGACUCUUGAGUAGUCUUAAUUGACCUUUAUUUCUUCCAGGCCAUGUAACCAUUUUAAGAUAAACAAGAAUAAGCUCUGAUCCCAUUGCUGCAUCAGACAACUUAGGAUGACUCCUUCUCAGAAUCUGUUCCCAGUGCAUUUGAGCUGGUAGCCUAGAGCAUUAUGCACCUGUGUGGUUUGAUGUAAAUGAGCAAAUGACUUCGGUGAAACCAAUUAAAUCCUGUUUAACUGUAUUUCCCAACUUAUUCAGUGUCCUAUUAUCAUCAUCUCAGCCCCUGAAUUCCUUUUCGCAGUAUAAUACUACCACAUAAGUGAUUAACUUUCUUAAGGCUUCUGUGCUCCCUCUCUCAUUUCCAGGUUAAAGGUGCAAUAACAGAAACAAAAUGCUGGAGAAACACUCUAAUCUGGCAGCAUCCAUUAGGAGAGGAGCAGAGUUAAUGUUUGAAGUCCAAAGAUGACUACAGAAUUAUUCCACAGAUGAGUUUUUGGACUCGACAUUAACUCUGUUUCUCUAUCCACGGGUGCUGUCAGAUCUGCUGAGUUUCUCCAGCACUUAUCAUUUUUUUUUAGAUUCGAGUAUCCACUGCAUUUUGCUUUUACUAAAAGGUGCAGCAAAUUCUGUUACUAUUCUCAGGUUUGUGUUGGAAUCUGAGUCACUCUGAACCCUAAUAAAUUGCUUACUUUUAAAAAUGCAUUUUGUCUAUAGAAUAGUUAAAUUGUCACCAGUCUGUUUGUUACCUGAAGGUCCUCAAGUUUGUAAGUUUCGAACACUUCAGUGACAUGAAUUUGAAUGCAACAAGUUAAUUCCAUGUAUUUACAUGUGGUGCUCCACCUAGUGGUGGUUAUGGCCACAAAUGCAGCCUUUUAAUUUGAUGUGCUGUGAUGGCAAAAGGUUAAACUUGUGCUCAGCACGUUUUGCUGCAGCAUCGGUAAAGUAAUAUUUUGACCAGUUUUGUUUUGUUUAGAAGUCUUUAUUGACUUUCAAUUUCAAUUAAGCUUGUGAUAUCAAAAAGCCGUCCAUACUUGGUAGCUAUUCUAUAGAUUUCUGCAUGUCUUCUCCUUUCUAGAUGCUCAAUUGCUCGCAGUGUUAAAGGUUAGCCUUAAAGUUCACGUUCCUAUAUAAAUAGCUAAUUAGUAGGCAAUGAAUUAUAUCCUAUUUUUAAAAAAUGGCUGUAUAUGUAAGGAUGAUAAUUUACCUUAUUUUGUGUGGAACACCUCUUUAUUGUAUUGUGAAGAUGCACAACUAGCCAGAAACCUAAAUAUUUGGUGCCUUUGACAAAUUUCACUGAAGACAAAUUGUUUUUUCUUGUGCAAAUUGGUUACAGUGUUUCCUUCAAAAUAGCAGUAGCUGCACUUCAUAAAGUACUUCAUUGUUUGAAAAGAAAUGAGAUCAUGAAGAUGCUUUACAAGUAAAAGUCAGUAGUUUUUUGCCUCCCAAGAAGCCAUUUUGGUUGCUAUUCUUUCUUAACUAUUCAAGGAAGUGUUUGCAUUUCAGACUCCUUAAGCAAACACCAUUUUGUAAUUUCACCAACAUGCAAACAUUUUCUUUCAGCUCUUAACCUAGAGUUCUAGUUGAACAUAACAUGAGAAUUUCGUAAAAAAAAAAAUUUGUGCCAGCUCAUUGUUAAAAAUAGGUUAAGCUUUAUACAUUGUUUUAGCCUCUUUCAAACCAGAGUGGUUGUUUUUACAACUAAAAUAUUUGUAACACAACUAUUGAACAUAUUUUUAAUUUUUAAAACUGUAAGAUUGAAACUAGCUAUUGAAAAAUGUUCACAAUAUGUUAACAUUACUUUUAAAUUCUGUUUUACUCAUGGGUAACAUUUAUGUGAAAUU